AUGGGAGAUGAAGCUACAUCUACCACGUCACUGGAGGUCAGCCCAUGCUUUGUCUGCAACCAGCAGGCCAGGUACAAGCUGAUGUGCCAGAGCCCUGGUUGUCAGAAGUUCCGCGGCCAGAUCUACAUCUGUGGCGGCUGCGCAACCUUCUGCCCAACAUGCCAAGUUCGCUUGGAACCGGCAAACUUGUCCACCGCCUCGGGUCCUUUGACCCUGCGAUCUUUCAGCUCGCUGCAGAGCAAAGGGAAGGCCAAGGGAGCCCCGGACGCCGACGCACCGAACGACGCCGGCCGUGAGGGCAAGCAAAAUGGCAAGGGACAUGUGGCGAUGCACAGCUCCGGGAAAGGUUCAGGCAAGACUUCUCGGAGCAAAGGCCAGCCAAGGACGCCGGUCGGAGUGGGAGAUGUUGAGCGGGUGGUGUCAGUAGCUGGCAAUGCCAUCGGGGCCAUCAUCGGGCAACAUGGCAGCCAGCUGAAUGGAUUGAAGUCGUCCUAUCCGAGCCUUCGGAUCUCCAUCAGGCGCGGGGACACGGAAGACACAUUCGUGGGCCGACGCGCUCAUCAGAUGGAGCUCGUCAUCCGCGGUCAGAAAGACUUGGUCGAUGAGGUCGAGCGCACGGUCCGGCUGCUGAUCGAUCGUGCAGGGGCAUCACACAAGCCUCCCCACACCAAGAAUAUGCUGAUCGAUGCCCCGCAUUCCUUUGCCGUGAAGCUGGUGCUUGCGGAUAUCGACGCGUACCAUGUCUGCCCCAAACAGAUGAGGCAGACUGCAGCAGGCGGGCGUGGGCGAUCGUACUAUGCUUUAGAGAGGGUCGGGGACCAUGCUACGCAGCAGCAGUCCGACGGCAUCAGCACGUACGCCUAUUGCCCCGACAAGUUUGACUGGAGCCACAUGUACCCAGAGUUCCAGCGAUGUGUGAAUGAGGUGUCGGAGGAAGCGCUCUCUGUGGCCAGGGUGUCAGUUCUCUUUGGCCAGCUGUUCUUUUGGGGCCCCAAACUGGACAAGGAAGCUUCGCAGAGACCCGGGGCUCUGGAGAAGCUGAACUUCCAGGAUUGCCGCCGACAGUGGGCUGCUCGCUUGAAGAGUUCCGUCAAGAAGAAGAUGUCUCAGGUGUUGGGAAGGAGCUCCUUCACCCUCUCUCAGAGGGUGACGAACAUUACGUAUUACGUCAAGACGGAGGAGGAUGGGGCGAAGUUGGAAGUCACCUUCUUCGAUCCACAGUGCUCACACGCAAAGGCAGCUGAGAUGAAGCGCAUCUGGGAAUGUACAUCCCAUCUGGAGGUGCUGAAGGUACCAGAGGGGCAAGAGCAUUCACGAAGUCGUGUUGAGACCGCCAGAAGAAUGCUGGAGCUGUACCUGCGUCCUGCGCACAAUGAGUUUGAGGGUUGCUGGUGCGCGAGGGACAUCAUCGCGCGCUCCGCCGAAGGUCUGCUGUCAGACAGCGAAUUCCGACCACCACCGGUGCCUCUCCAAGAAGCCCUGCGCAUGAGAGCUCCAUACCGACAGGUGCCUUGUCCAGAAUCCGAUGGCCCAGUUCGCGCUGGAUAUCAGGCCUUCGUUGCGAAGAGAGAGAGCGAGCGGCUCUUCCAAGGUGAUGUGUGCCGCCUUGGGCGUUCUCCCGACUUCCGCCUCUCAGUCAAGGCGGGUAGGGAAGUCGAGCUUCCUGAAGGUCUGGUCAUUGCCUUGACAAGCCUGGACACCGACUGCCGCAGAUCACUGCAAGACGCGAAGAAGCUGAUCGAGACCUUUCGCAGCAGCCCUCUACCACUCGGCUGGAAGCUGCAGUGCGUGGCGUGUAGGGACGAAGAGGUGUGGGUGGAUCCUGAUGAGACUGUUGAAGUGGAUGUGUCUAAAGUGUCGGAAGUGACCAGCUUAAGCGACGCGAAGGAGCAGUCGGGCUCUGACAACUAUGAGAUUCGCUUCUCCUCAGAACAAGCCAGCCAGGCUGUUCGAGGAAGGCAAGAAUCUGCUUGGGAGCACGUUACCAAUCUUCUCUCGACUGUACAGAUGUUUCACGAGUCACUUUAG